AUGCCGUCAUCUCGCGUCAAGCGUCUUGUGUUGAUUUACACAGCAGAUUCCCUAGAAGACCAUUACAAUAUCAUUUGUGCUAAUGCCGCCAUAGGCCUUGUCCGGCAUCGCAAGAACAGCACAGUCGCAGUCUCACGCUCGACUCGACUAGGCACUAUGGAUCUCGUCCACCACAUUUCCCAUCCUAACAUUGCCACAAUCCAUGCCAUAUUUCUAGACGAGAAGAAGAGUUACGUCAUUUACGAACAUCUCGAAGUAGACUUAGCGAGCCUUUUCUUCGCGGCAGAAGUCGAACUAGCAUCCGCCUUAUGCCAGCUGCUCGAUGGUAUUCAGCAUCUGCUCGCCAAUGGCGUCACGUUCUCUGCAGACAGCGUGCAAGUCUCCCUGUCAGGAAUCGUGAAGAUAGUGUUGAACAUUGGCUUUCGACCUUGUGACAAUUUGGUGGUGGAUCAGCACUAUUGGGCCACUGUCUGUACCAAUAACCUAAAUCUGGAAAGGAGGCCCCUCAUGAGUUACCCACCGCUUUCUUCGUCAAUCGCAGGGGCCCCGAGGCUUGUCGGCUUUAGUGACCCAAGCAUUGCAGGUAAAACAAGCUACGAUACUUGCGCCCAAGCCACGUAA